AUGUUUACUCUCUGCGCAAGACAAGAGGGCAACCUUUGCACCCCGGGUAGGCGGGAGAUAUCACUUGGCGAUCAACUUGACAUGAUUACAAUAACCCCUUCUCGGCCAGUUGCAGAGAAUACGUUUAAAUAA